AUACUAGUACUACAAAACCUGUGGAAAGCGAAAUCGAUGAUGAUUAUGCUGCCAUGCAAUUGCAACUAAUGAAUAAUGAGGAAAGAAAUAGAACAGAGAAUGAUUAUAUUCUUGCUAUGCAAUUACAAGAAAUGUAUAAUAAGGAAAGACCUAACAUUAACAAAGAAUAUGAAAAUUUGACAUCUCGUAUGAAUAGUAUUUUAUUUGAAGAUAAUGAAGAAAUCCCUGAAAGAUUUUCAAACAAAUCUACUGACAAAAAAAUUGGUGAUAAAGAGCCUCACAUCAAAAAUAUUUUUCAAAGCAAUUUUAAUGAUUUUGAUAAUGAUGAUUCUCCGCCUCCUUACUAUUCUUCUCAAAAGCCUGCACAAAUGUUUUCCCAAUUCAUGAAAUUUACGGAGGCAUCUCAAAAUCCAAACCAGAAAAAUAAUGUUCAAACCGACUAUGAUACACAUAAUACUAACUUUACUCAAAAAUCCAACAGAAGUAAAAUAAAUUUGCUUAAUCGAGAGCCAGGUGUCUUUAAAAUUCUAUUGUUAGGUGGAACUGGAACCGGAAAGUCUACUAUUAUCAAUACGAUGACAAAUUACUUUUUAGGUG